UCAAACAUGGGGGAAAAAAAAAGGCUGUCUUCUUGAUAAAUAGGAGAGAGAAGGCGAGGGAGAGGGAGAGAUUGAUCAGAGAAUGAUAAUGGACUCUUCAUUUGCGAUGAAAGGAGGAGAUGGCCCCACAAGCUACUCCCAGAACUCAUCUUUCCAGGGCAGCAUAUCAGAUCAAGCCAAGGCCCUUCUGGUGAAGGGCAUUCAGCAAAAUAUUGUACUUCCAACUGAUCCAAACGGCACAAUGCAUCGAACCUUUCGAAUCGCGGACCUCGGAUGUUCAGUUGGCCCCAAUACCAUUGCUUGUGUCCAGACAAUCAUGGAAGCCGUCAAGGCCAAAUACAAGGCCGAAGGCAUCCAACUCGAAACACUAGAAUUCCAAGUAUUCUUCAAUGAUCAAGUCAGUAGCGACUUUAAUACAUUAUUCCAGACAUUCCUGCAGGACCGAUCCUAUACGGUUGCCGGAGUCCCAGGCUCUUUCCAUGGCAAACUAUUCCCCAAGGCAUCUAUGAACGUCAUGCACUCUAGUAUGGCGCUUCACUGGCUUAGUGAGGUCCCUAAAGAGGUGAAGAGGCCCGAAUCUCCGGCGUGGAAUAAAGGGAAAAUAACUUACAGUGAAAGUGCUCCUGAAGUCAUCGAGGCUUUUAGUACCCAGUUCCAGAGGGAUUUAGAGGAGUUCUUUAGGCAAAGAUCGUUGGAGACGGUAGACAAUGGGCUACUGAUAAUUUUGAUGCCAUGCCGGCCGGAUGGUACUCGACCAUCGGAGUCAUUGUUCAUCCAGGGUAAUGAGUGUUUACUAGGCCAUUUACUCGUUGACAUGGCCAAAGAGGGCCUGCUGGAUGAAGCACUCAUAGACUCAUUUAAUUUGUCAGUGUUCGUCCCAACCGCAGCUGAAGUGAGAGAGGUGGCUGCAAAGAUCGAGUGCUUGAGCGUUGAGGUAGUCGAAAAGAUAUGCCUUCCCAGAAGCCUCGGCCCGGUCUUUCAAAACCCUGGGCAUCUUUCUCGCUUAAUGCGAGCGGUAACUGAAGACAUCAUAGCAAAGCACUUCGGGCCUGCCGCUUCUGAUCUCAUCUACUCGAGACUACCCAAGAAGAUUGAAGAGAGGUCAUUGGAGUCGCCUCCACCGCCAUGCCUUGGGAACAUUGAGAGGUUCGAAAAUUUGUUCAUGCUCCUAAGGAAAAAUGCGGUCUCUAAUUGAUCGAGUUCAUCUUAAUUAUUAAAGCACAAUGUAAUAGCGGGUGAAGUUUUGAUCACUGAUAGUUUGUUAGUUUGGAAUAAGCCAUCCAGGUUUGAAACUCCUCACAUAUUUCCUAUUGCCAUAUCUUAAUUGGGACGCUGAUGCAAAAUCAUUAAUGAAGUGUGUCCGUCUGCAUUUUUUUCGCUAGAUCAGUUUGGUUGUCAAUGGAGGGAUUUGGACUUUUUCCACAA